AUGUCAUACAUUAUUGUGGUCCCAUAUCAUCACUAUGUUGAUGAUACCCAGCUAUAUGUCUUGGCCAAUGAUCAGCUAGGUGAUGCUGGAAAGAUCUUGCCUCAAUAUCUAAUCUGGAAUCCAAUUACAGGACUACUUUCUGCCAGCACAGAGCAAAAAGAUGCUUGGGUGCGAGAUAAUAUAUACAGCAUUUUGGCUGUCUGGGGCCUAGGGAUGGCCUACAGGAAGAAUGCAGACCGGGAUGAAGAUAAAGCCAAAGCAUAUGAAUUAGAACAGAAUGUUGUGAAACUAAUGCGGGGGCUCUUGCAAUGUAUGAUGAGACAGGUAGAUAAGGUUGAAAAGUUCAAGCACACUCAGAGUACCAAGGAUUGCUUGCAUGCCAAAUAUAACACAGCCACUUGUGGAACAGUAGUUGCAGAUGACAAGUGGGGACAUCUGCAAGUAGAUGCAACUUCCCUUUACCUUCUCUUCCUGGCUCAGAUGACAGCAUCAGGAUUGCGUAUUAUUUUCACACUUGAUGAAGUGGCCUUUAUACAGAAUCUUGUAUUUUACAUUGAGGCUGCCUAUAAAGUUGCUGAUUAUGGCAUGUGGGAACGUGGUGACAAGACAAACCAGGGCAUUCCUGAGUUGAAUGCAAGCUCUGUUGGAAUGGCAAAAGCUGCUUUGGAAGCAAUUGAUGAGCUGGACCUGUUUGGAGCUGGAGGAGGACAUAAGUCAGUUAUUCAUGUGCUCCCAGACGAAGUUGAACAUUGUCAGGAUCCAAACAGAUUACAUUAUGAUCCUGCUGAGCUCAAGUUAUUUGAGAACAUAGAAUGUGAAUGGCCUGUAUUCUGGACAUAUUUUCUAAUUGAUGGAGUGUUCAAUGAUGACAGAAUUCAGGUGCAGGAAUACAGAGAAGCCUUGGAAGGGAUCCUUAUUAGAAAAAAGAAUGGAAUUCUUCUGAUGCCAGAACUGUAUGCAGUUCCUCCAGAUAAGGUGAGUGAAGAAUAUGAAAAUCCUCACACGGUGGAUCGUGUUCAAGCAGGGAAACUUCCUCAUCUUUGGGGCCAGUCAUUAUAUAUUCUUUCUGCCCUCCUAGCAGAGGGAUUUUUGGCUACUGGUGAAAUUGAUCCAUUAAACAGAAGGUUUUCAACCACUUUUAAGCCUGAUGUGGUUGUUCAAGUAACCGUUCUAGCAGAAACAAAUGAAAUUAAGAAACUCUUACGACAUCAUGGAAUUAAUGUACAAAGCAUUGUUGACCUCAGUCCCACCAGAGUGCAGCCCUCUCGGAUUCUGAGUAAUCUUUAUGCUAAGCUUGGGCGUAACAAGAACAUGAAGCUGAGUGGGAGGCCUUAUCGGCAUAUUGGUGUCCUGGGAACAUCCAAAUUAUAUAUCAUAAGAAACCAAAUAUUUACUUUUACCCCUCAGUUUACAGAUCAGCAUCACUUCUACUUGGCUUUAGACAAUCGGAUGAUUGUGGAGAUGCUACGAACUGAAUUGGCUUAUCUAACUUCCUGUUGGCGAAUGACUGGAAGACCAACUCUUACUUUCCCAAUCACCAGUACAAUGCUUGUUGAUGAUGGGACUGAUAUUGAUUCGGCAAUUCUUGCCACUAUAAGAAAGCUUGGAGAUGGAUAUUUUGGAGGAGCAAGAGUGAAGUUGGGCAAACUUUCGGACUUUCUGACCACUUCAUUCUAUACAAACCUAAGCUUCUUGGAUCCUGAUUGUGACAGCAAGCUGUUUGAUGAUGAGAAUGAAAGCUACUCUAGUACUGAAAGUGGCUAUGAACUAGAAGAUUAUGCAGACUUCUGUGAUAAGGAAAGCCAGGAUGAACUGGACCAGUACAUAAACAGCAUGUUACAGAGUACUGCUCUGAAAUCAUACUUGCCUCCACUCAGAAAAGACACAGGCUCAUCCUACGUGUUCAGUGCUGCUCAUUCUACUAGAGACAUACUAUCAAUCAUGGCCAAGGCUAAGGGACUGGAAGUUCCAAGAAUCUAAGACUGCUCUUCAUUUGCCCAAAGAUGCUCAUGGUGAUUUGGAUUGUGAGAAAUUAAUUGGGCAGCUAACAGAAUGCCCUACUUUACAUGACCAGGCUGAUAUAUUAUACAUCUUAUAUCUAAUAAAAGGUCUUGAUUGGGAAACACAGCUCUAUGGCCAGUCUGGAAUCACAGUUCAUUGCCUCCUCAACGAACUGUACAGCAAAGCAGGUGUAAACCAAGAAUGGGGGCUCAUCCGCUAUAUUUCUGGCAUAUUAAAAAAGAAAGUUGAAGUCCUGGCUGAG